AUGGCUGCACCAAAGAAGGUAGCUCUUGUCGUCGGAGCAUCGAGAGGCAUUGGUCGUCAGAUCGCAAUCGACCUUGCAAAGAGCGAUUACAGAGUGGUCGUGGCUGCAAAGUCCACCAGCGAUGCAGACAAGACAACGCCCUUUCCCCCUGACCCAAACUCCUCCAAAUCCACAAUAAGCACAGUGGAAAGGGAGAUCAAAGACGCGGGUGGAGAUGCUACGGCUAUUGCCGUAGACACCAGGGACUUUGCCAGCAAGUACGGCCGGCUUGAUGUUGUCGUCUACAACUCCGGUGCCAUUUGGUGGGCGUCAGUGGAGGAUACACCCAUGAAGCGCUUCCAGCUCAUGCAGCGCGUAAAUAUAGAAGGGCUGUACGGAACCGUACAGGCGGCACUUCCACGUCUGAAGAAAGAAAAGACGGGCCGGAUCAUUGUAGUCAGUCCGCCCAUCUACAGCCGUUUCUUCCGGGGCAAGACCGCCUACGCUAUGGGCAAGGUUGGUAUGAGCGUUUUGACCAAGGGCUUGGCCAUGGACUUUGAGAGGCAGGGCCUCAAGAACAUGGCCAUCACGAGCAUUUGGCCGGCUGUGGCCAUCGAGUCGGCAGCUACGGGGCAGUUCACCAGCAAGAACCCUGAUGAGGCAAGAGACUUGCGAAAAGCCACAAUAUUCUCUGAUGCUAUUCUUGAAAUGCUGAAAGCGCCUGCUUCGGUCGUCAAUGGGAAGCUCGAGCUGGACGAAGACUUCCUCAGAGAGCACGCUGGUGUUACGGACUUUUCAAAGUACUCGGUCAUUCCGGGAUCUUCUCCACGACGGAUAAUGCCGGCGGAACUGCCAGACCUGACUGUAAAAGAGCAGGAUGAUGAAGGCAAGCGAUAUGAGAGUUCUCAAAAGGGCCCCAAGCUCUGA